AUAUUUUUAGAGGUUACACAAUCAUCGAAAUGAAAACCGACAAUUUGUUCGUGAUCUCCGCGUUAGUUUUCAUUGUAAUAAUGCAAGUGAGUUAUACUAAGUGUAUAUUAUACUAUAGACGUUUGGGUUUAUUUUUAGGUUCUGAAUGUGGUGAAGAAGCUAAUAUUUUUACUUAUGUAUAUUUUUUUUCCUUUUAAUGUAUACUGAUUUUUCAUCCGGUGAUAUUUUGUUUGAAAAAAAUUAUUCUAGAUUCCCUAUAGAUUUUUUUAGAAAACUUAAAACGCUAAAAAUAAAUUUCGAUACAUUGGUUUAUUGUUAUUACAUUUUUUUUUUUCAAUUUUUAAGUUACCUAGGUCCUAGACUACCAGUGGGAAUGAAAUAGAUAGGUAGUUAAAAUCAGUAGAAUAUAUGUUUUUCGUUAUCUCUGAUUAUGGUUAUUAAACGUCUAACUUCAGAUAAAGCAACUGAGUACAAAAAAAAAAAAAACAAAAUUGAAAACUUCAUUGAAAUCCUAUCUUGCGAAACUUUAAGGACUGACAUUUGUCAUAUUUCAAAAUCCUACGUAAACUAUAUUAUAAUUUCUAAUGUUUCUAGUAUAAAACGGAUAAUGUUGAUAGUAGUUCGUCAUUUUGUCGAUUUUACAGUGUCAAUAUAUAGUUGAUGUAUGAGUUUCAAAGCGGGGUUAAAAUGUAAACAUAUUGUAAAUAAGUUUAUCAAACGAUUGUAUAAUGUCUGAACUGAACCAAAAUAGUGAUCUAGACAAUAAUAAAAAAAUACUAAAAAUAUUUAUGUUGGAAACAAAUUUUAUGGUUUAUUACUUAUCAUAUCACAAAUUCCUAAAAGUGGUAAAUGUGUACUAGUUUUAACAUUUAAUCUAUUAUAGUAGUUAAAUUUAUUAAAUCAUAUUAAUAUUAAUUUGUUUAUUUCGAUAUACAAAUAUCAUUAUAUUUUACCUUUUUUUUCUUAUAAUUAGGUAUAUUAAUUUUGAUUAAAAAUGAUUUAUUCAAAUUAUUCAUUUAUUUAUCCUAGAUUAUGGAUCAUAAAACUUAUUUCUUAUUGAUUUAGAUACGAUAAAAUAAAAAAAACAUACCUAUCCAGAUAAAAAAAUAAAUGUUUUCCAUGAUAUAUAUACAUGACGUAUUGUGAAAGAAUUUCGGAUUAUACUCGAUCUAUGUAUAUAUAUAUAUAUAAAAAAAAAACAAUCCUCCGAAAAGGUACCAACCGUCAGAUCAAAGAAACUCGCGAAACCAUAAUAAUAGGGACAUUAGUUUCGAAUACAAUAUAAUUUAAAUUUAAAUUUUUCAAAGGCAAUACUGACACAAAUAAUAAUAUCCGUGGCUGUAUAUCCCGUGUUUCUAUCCUCCGGGGUUUACUACCUCAUCCCUCUUACAGGUAUAUUUAAGCAUUCUAUUACCUGCCGACUUGGAAUGAACGAGGAAUCGAACAAAAUAUUUUUUAUAAGAAUAGGUAAAGCAUAAUUCUCAAGAUCUUUACUAACUAACAAGCAGACGAGGAAAAAUUGGAAGUUGGAACCUUCUAAAGCCACAAUAUGCACAAUUUUGAUAAAAAUAUUAUUUAUGCAUUAAAUAUUUAUCCCUAUUACUUAUUUCGAUGAGCCAAACCUCCUUUUGGUAACGGUACUUAAAAUCUGGUAUUUCUUGUGAAAACAAGAAAUAUGAGAAAAAGAUUGUUUGGGGGAGGAUGUUGAAAGUUUAAACUUAAAAUGAAAUGUUCUUGAUGCUUAUAUCGCAUAUGUACAAAAUUUUACUACCACUAUUAUGGGAGUCUGUGGGAUGUACAUAUCUAAAAACACACUCUUCUUGUCAAAGCAUGGUUGUAUAUUCGACAUUCAACCAAAAUGUUAUCACGUCAAUUUUUCUAUGAAAAAAAAGCUCUAAUUCCCGAGUAUGAACUCAUUUGAUCUAGACUAGAGGGAGCUGCUAAAAGUAUCCAAAAGUAUCCAAAAAUACGUCAAAUUCAACAAUUAAAAAAGGUUAGUAAAUAACAUAUACUAUUAUUUUAUUUUAUAAAUUCUACAAAAUCCAGUUCUACUUCAGCCAGUUUUAUUUUUAUCGAUUUCUUCGAUUCAAAGUAGAAAAUUAAGGAUAAUAAGCUUACACAGUUUUCAACAUCUUCGUUUUUCAAAUACUUGUUGUUAGUUAUUUCUGGUUUUUUUUUUCUUUAAAUUAAAACAUGAUAUUUUUGCCCAUGUUCUAAUAUCGCUUUAUUGCGAUUUGUUAAAUCGCUACCGUGAUUAAGAGUGGAGGCGUAUAUGAAUAUUAAAAAGGCAUGUAUGCAGGUCCACACAAGUGAGAAUUCAUACAGAAAUAAUUUAUUGGAAUCAUUAUUUUAAAAACUGGCGCCUCUAUCUUUUUACGUAUUUUAAUAAGGGAUCGUUAGAUAUGUUGGGUGUGAGAUAAGCAAAAAAGUGGUUAUCAAUGUAUAAACAACUGAAACUAAUACCUAAUUUUUUUACAAACUAAUUCGCUAAUAAUUGGUUAAACUGUAGAACACAUUGUAAAUACUAUUGUUUUUUAAUACAGUAUUUGUUUUAAAAACAGAUGUGCUCUUAAAUUUAAACGCAAAAAAACAUUUUAAUUUGUUACAAAAUCGAUAGAUUUUGUAAUAGGAUAUUUAUUUAAAAAAAUAGUAUAAAUUGCUGUAAUUAUUUCCAAAGGAAAAAUAAUUAACAUAAUUUUUAACCAUUUUAAAAAACUUAAAUAUUUAGUUAAUUUGACUAAUUAAAAAUGUUGGAUGAUUCUACCAGCGAAAUUGCAUCGUAUCGUAACAGUCGUAUUUUAACAAAAUUGAAUUAUUUUAAUAAUUUUGACUUAAAUGUAUUAUUGUAUUUCAUAUUUUAUUUUUUGAGCGAAGCGAGAAAUGUAAAUGUAUCGGUUUUAUAAUUGUGUCCUUUUUGGUCAGUGAACAAUUUAUCUACCGAAAAUAUUGCUCAAAAUAAAGGGUAGUUUCUAGUUGAAAAUUUUUGUGCAAAUAUUUUCGUUUUUUCCGGAUUUCCCCAAUUAUUAAAAAAAAUACAAUUAAUAUCGCAAAAUAUUCUCUAAAACUAGAAAAAUGUAAUUUUAAAAGCUGGUAGAUAAGAUUUAUAAAACAAAAAUAUAUAUAAAAAUCAUUUUUGUUAACCUUUGGAUGUAAUAACCUUCCCUGCAUUGUGGGUCGCCUAAUUCAAGUUGAGCAGCCACUAUGGUAGCCAUUGUUUGACGGAAGGCUGAACGAAGGCUUUACAUUACCUACCUCUAGUUUCUGGUGACAUAUUAAUAAUAGGCAAAUAUAGACAAUUACGAAGUGACCGUCAGACGAUCGUUUCAUUUAACUCGACCACGCUGUUAAGUGAAAUUUGAUUAUAAAACAAAUCAAAAAAGUUCCACAGAGAGCUAUUCUAUUUUAUUUUGAAAAAAUCCCAAUUAUAAUGUUACCAUUUUUAAGAGCAAUAAACAACUUUUACUUAAUUAUUCAGUGUAUAAGGUACAUUGAUUCUAUAAACCGUGUUCGAUAGUUUGAUUGUUUUUUGAAAAUGUUUAGUAGUUCAAGGCUUUUAUUUAGAUCGAUUUUUCUAUUUACCGUAUUGCAUCAAGGAGACUUGUUGAAAAGUGCUAGUUAAAAAUUUAGAUCUAUGCAAUUAAAAUGUAAUAUAUUAAUAUUUACGAUCGGUUUAUAUCUAUGGUAUCUAUGUUUUCUAUCCAAUUAUAAUUUCCUAUAUGUACUGUCUUCAUUAUCUACGUCAUUAUCGUAUAGUUUAUGGCCAUUUUACGACGUCUACAGUGAAUUACGUUUUCGACGUAUUACAAUUUUUGUUUGUUGCUGUGAACAGCUGUGCUUUUUUUUCUAUUCCUGGUUACUUUUUUAUUUAUCGCAUAAUGCUCAUGAAGAUAAGAAAUUAAACCAUGGCCGGUCCACAAAUAGUGCCAAGAAGAUGCGCUUAUCUAGGAACAAUCAUUCACAAACGCACGAACAAAAUAUAGACCAAUUUUAAGCGGUUUUUCACAAAAUGGUCCGCAUUGUCUGGAGUAGUUUUUAAAAUAUUGAAACCUCUAAUCUGAUCAGUAAAAAUAGUACACCUAACCUGCAGUAAUUUGGGCUGUAUACAAAAUAGUAGUUCAUAAUUUAUAAUAAUUCAUACAAGUUUGAAAUGAAAAUUAAAGGUAAUAACGGUUAACUUCAGUGUUUUUUCGGGGCAUUAAUAUCCAGAAAGAAAAUAUUUUUAUUUCAUAUAUGUUUGACACGGGCAACGCUGGACAGGACAACUAUUUUUACAUAAAAACUGGAACUUUACUUAUUAGUUUGAUCGUACAGUUAUUUAGUACACGGGUUAUUAUGUAUUUAACUGUCUGUUGGUUUUAUUUUGUUUUUAGAACUAUGUGGUCUUGAUGAAAGACCCGAAAUCAGGUUCCGAAUUAGGCUAUGUGGUGUCGGAGCACAACAAUUUAGCGGUGAUCGCAGUUCCGGUAAAAGGGUCUGGAAAAAUCAUCACAAAGUUCUUCGUGGUACCCGCCAAGAUGGCUUUAAAGGCCAUAAAAGCCGCAGCCCACGUGUUGUCGCCAAGAAAACUUAAGCGAAAGUUCGACAACAUGCGAAUGAAGUUUCAUGCGGUGCACGUGUCGCACGAGACGAAAAAUCACGUGCGCACUAUUACAGUGGACGGCCGUGGCGUGCACUGGACCAAAUUAAGGAAGUUAGUACCAACACCGCCUUCGGCCAGCCGAACUGUGAUCGGAAAGAUGAUGAACAGCUUGAAGUUCACAAAGGACGGAGUGCCACCACCACACGGACCUCCUUUCGGAAACCCCGCUGGACCUCCUUUCGGAAACCCCGCUGGACCUCCUUCCGGAAACCCCGUCGGACCUUCUGACGGAAACCCCGUGUUUGGAUACCCAGGGGAACCGGUGCAGGUUGUCAAGAAAAAGUCAUUUUUAAAAGACAAUCCGAUCUCGAAAAUGUGCAGGAACUAUAAGGCAAAGAGACAAUUUAAAAAACAACAGAGACAAAUCAAAAGGGACCAGUUGGGUCAAAAAUAGUGUCUUGUUAAACUACAGAAACU